AUUUGAAUGGCAAUCAUGUUAUCCAAAAAUGUUUGCAUCGGUUAAGUUCCGAGGAUAAUCAGUUUGUAUACAACGCUGUCAGCAAAAAUUGCGUUGAAGUUGCGACGCACCGCCACGGCUGUUGCGUGCUUCAGAGAUGCAUAGAUCACGCCAGCGAAUCGCAAAAGAUUCAGCUUGUAACUGAAAUCACAUUCAAUGCGCUCACAUUGGUUCAAGAUCCCUUUGGUAACUACGUGGUUCAGUACGUUUUGGACCUUGGCGACAGUCGUUUUAAGGACGCGUUGAUUCGAAAGUUUAUCGGCAACGUGUGCUUGCUGUCUGUGCAAAAGUUCAGUUCAAAUGUCAUGGAAAAAUGCAUCAGAGUUUCCGAGCCGGAAACGCGCAAAUUGCUAAUUGACGAAAUGCUCAACAUGAAUCGACUCGACAAGUUAUUGCGCGACUCGUAUGCAAACUACGUGGUUCAAACAUCUCUCGAUUAUGCGGACCCCGUGCAGCGUGCUCAACUUGUGGAUUGCAUCCGACCUCUUUUACCGGCCAUUCGCAAUACGCCAUACGGAAAGCGCAUCCAAGGAAAGCUUCACCGCGAACAAAUGCAAGCCUUAAAUACGAUUAACAGCCUUAACAUGAACAAUAUGAACAUACUUAGACUUCCAUUUAACA